AUGGGUAAACUAAAGAGAGGAAGAAAGAACCAAAAAGCAAGAGUGAAUCCUAUUGCGAAUAAUAGCAAGAAAAAUUUUGAUAAACAAGAAAUUAAGGAUGAAAACACUCGUAAUUCAAAGAUUUUACCAUUAAUCAACAACCUAAAAUCUUCAGUUCCAAAUGAUAAAACAAUGGCAUUGGGUGCAAUUACAGUUUUGUGUGAAGAUGAAAGAAUGAGGAAAUUAUUAUUGAAAGAAAAGUUAGUUCUGAUUAUAAUGGAGCAAUGUUUAAAUGAUUCUAAUGACGAAAUUGUAGUUGAGUCGUUUGGUUUAUUAAGAAACAUAGGAAUUGAAGAGGGAUAUGAAGUUACUAAGUUUUACUGGAGAUCCAACAUAUGGACAGCAAUUGAGGCAGCUUUAAAAAAGAUUGAAACGUCUUUUAAAUUUUUGGAAGAAUCAAAAUCUUUACCGUUGGCAGCUACAGAAGAUGAUGAAAAGAAAGCACAAGGAAAGAAAACAAGUGAUAAGUCAAAAGAGCAAUUGUUAUUUGACUUUACUGAAAAUAUUUUAUCCCUUAUUGUAGUUAUGGCAAGUGGUUCGGAAGAUUUAUACGAUAAUGUUUUUCAAAAGAUAGAUCCAGUUUUAAAGUUAGUUGUUGACCUCAUCAACUGGAAUAUCCCAACCAUGAAGACGACGGUUAAGUUAUUCAAUUCAUUAUUAGAUUUUAUUUACGAAUUUGCCUCAGAAUCUACCGAGUUUGUUCAAAACUUACAUGAAAACUCCCAAUUCGAUUUACAUAGACUAAUUGAAUACUUGGCAUCACCAGCCCAAUCUAAGAAUACAUUAGGUAAAGUAUACAUUGAAGGGAUUAAAUUUCAUUUAUAUGAAGCAUUGAAUCAGGCUGAUAACAAGGACGCGGCUAGCACAGAAAUAUUGAAUAACUUGAUUUCAUGUAUUACCACAAUUAACUUGGACAAUUUGAAGAAGAAUCUUUCGGUUAUCGAUAAUGCGAAAGAGCCUAUUCAGAAGAAAGCACCUGAAGAAAUAAAAGAUAUCGACCAACAGAUUGGCGGAGAUACUCCAGAAACUGCUCAAGCCAAGGUAGAUGUUCAAACAUUAGAAAUCGCAAUCGAUUUAAUUACAUCAAUCUGGGAAUAUAUUGCAUUCAAUGAAGCGAACCCACAAGAUCCGGUUACAUUAUCGACAGAUUUGGUUCAAGUUAUAUUACAGUUGGCUUAUCCGUCUUUGAUCGAAUUAUUAAAAUUCGAAAUGCAAAACAAAGAAGCAUUAGAAUUACUAGACAAAAUAAUUGUUUGUUUGAACAACAUGUGCUGGUUAUUCUUGUCGAGUGAGAAUAUACCAGUCGAAUGGUACAGUGACGCAUUACAGUUAUGGGAUUUAAUUGUUAAUAUAUCAUCCAAUAAAGAUAACUUAUUGAUACAGAAAGAUUGCUUAAGCAUAUGCUGGGGAAUAACAAAAACCUUAGGAGGCGAAAUCAAAUCCAAGGUAAAUUAUUCUAUGAUAGAAAGCUUAAUCUCCCGUUGCGAUGAUUUAACCAAGCACAAUCCUACUGAAGACAAUGCGACAAGCUUAGAAUUUUUCUUGUGCGCAGUGGGUUUCUUAGGUAGUUUGGCACCUGUCAUAGAUAAUACUGAAGUCACCAGUCACAUUUCUCAAUUCUUGUUAUCGAGCACUGAAUUAUUUGCUACUAAUCAAACUGAUGAACCAAAGGCCAAUGAAAUUCCAAUCGAAUGCUUGAACUUGAUUUACCAGAUCUUCGGAGAUAUGUCGUACUCAUAUGACUACGAAAUUUACGUCAAAAACAACUACCACGAGAAAUUGCAGGCAUUAGAGCCAUCUAUUAAGCUGAUGUACAAAAAGAUUGAUAAAAAUAGAUAUCCUCAUUUGAAAAUAAGAGCCGAAGAGACAUGGGCCACCUUGGGCAGAUUUAUCCAAUACAAACAAUCCGAAAGGGAUUAA